AUGGAUAUUACAGAGGUCAGCCAGUGGAACCAUAUAGGCACGCAGGAAAACCCAGCAGAUAUCCUUUCAAGAGGUUUAAGACCACGGGAACUGUUAACGGCAAGAUUGUGGUGGAACGGACCUACCUGGUUGGAAAGUGAUGAGAAGGAUUGGAUCUUGAAUCCGAUAACCCAUGAUGAUGAGCUACCCGAAGUACGCAAAGUGAAGCUAGUGCUAUUAGUGAUCAAACCGUUGAAUAGUAUAUUAGAACACUACUCUGAAUGGAAUUGUAUGCUACGAGGAGUUGCUUGGUUAACGGUCUAUUCGAAGUACAUGCGUAAGAAAAUCAAUGGGCCUCAAUCCCUAACAAUAUCAGAUUCGGACGAAGCGAGGAAAUCAAUUUUAAGAAUGGUCCAAGCUGAGUGUUUCAGUAAAGAGAUCUCGUCACUAGAAAGGGGACAAGAAGUACCAAGAAAUAGUAAGUUGCGUAGUUUGAAUCCCUUCCUGCGCGAUGGGUUAAUACUUGUUGGUGGAAGACUCGAGAAUUCAGACAUAGCCGAUGGACAAAAACACCCUAUAGUAUGGCCUGCUAGUCAUAAAAUAACCAGGCUAAUAUUUGAAGCAUACCAUCUCGAGCUACUUCAUGUAGGACCUCAGCUCAUGUUAUCUGAAAUUAGUCGUCUUUACUGGCCACUGCUAGGUCGAGUAACCGCGAGAUCAGUGGUAUGGCAUUGUGUCAAAUGUACAAAGGCACGUCCACGUUUCAAUCAUCCAAUUAUGGCACCACUCCCAAGAGACCGAGUUCAGUGUACUAGACCUUUCACUGUCACAGGUGUAGAUUUUGCUGGACCCAUAUAUAUUCGCAGUGGUUUGAGGCGUGUAGCUGCUAAGAAGGCUUGGAUUGCUAUAUUUGUUUGCUUCUCAACGAAGGCCAUACAUUUGGAGUUGGCUGACGAUCUUUCAAGUAAGUCUUUCAUGGCGACAUUUCGUUGUUUUAUGGCUAGAAGAGGAAAAUGUGCUAAGGUUUUUAGUGACAAUAGCACAAACUUUGUUGGGGCUCAAAAGGAGUUAAUUUUAAUGAUGAAAAAAGCCAGUGUUGAUCUCGGCAAUCCCGACCACUAUUGUUUGAGCUAUUACCCCAUUACACACCCAGCUACUUCUCCACACUUUUAA